GCCCCGCCCCGUAGAUGUGUAUGGCGUGACCCUUUUGCUGGACGCUGAUUGGUGGGUCGCUUCCUGGUUCCUCUGUCAGUCAGAUCGCUCCGGUGCCUGUGUAAUGGGCAGUCCAACAAUGUGGCUGUUGGUGGCUGUGACAGCCCUGAUCCCAGCGGUGGCCCUUACAGAUGAUGUGCCCAGUAGAAUCAGGCAUGGAGUCGCUGGCGACUUGCUUUAUUCUGCAGAUCCCGAGGCCACUAUGAAUAUCAGUGAGCUGAUCAGAUACAGAGGGUACCCCAGCGAGGAGUAUGAGGUGCUUACUGAAGAUGGCUAUAUCCUGAGUGUGAACCGAAUCCCACAUGGGGUUAAAUAUGCGUCUGAAGGCCCCAAGCCAGUCGUAUUCUUGCAGCACGGGCUUCUUGCAGAUGGCAGCAACUGGGUCACCAAUCUGGAAAAUAACAGCUUGGGCUUUAUCCUGGCUGAUGCCGGCUAUGAUGUUUGGAUAGGGAACAGCAGAGGGAACACCUGGUCCAGAAAGCACAAGUCCCUUUCCCCUGAUCAGGAGGAAUUCUGGGCCUUCAGCUACGAUGAGUUGGCUAAAAAGGAUCUUCCUGCCGUCGUUGACUUUAUCACUAAGAAAACUGGACAAGAGCAGAUCUUCUAUGUUGGCCAUUCUCAGGGAACCACCAUCGCAUUUAUUGCGUUUUCAAGCUUGCCGCAACUGGCUAAGAAGAUCAAAAUGUAUUUUGGCCUUGCACCCGUCGCCACAGUCAAGUUCAGCAAGAGCCCAUUAGCAAAACUGGGAGUGUUACCGGAGUUCCUGAUUGAGGAGCUGUUUGGGAAGGGGGAAUUCCUCCCACAGACCUACCUCAUUACCUGGCUCGCCACCCACUUUUGUACACAUGCGAUUGCUGACGAGCUGUGCGGGAAUAUCUUCUUCCUUCUGUCCGGGUUUAAUGAGAAGAACUUAAACAUGAGCCGUGUAAAUGUGUACUCCUCUCACUGCCCGGCGGGGACAUCGGUGCAAAACAUGCUGCACUGGCGCCAGGGCGUCAGAUCCGGGGAACUGAAGGCUUUUGACUUUGGUACCAAAGGGAACAUGAUUCAUUAUAACCAGACUACGCCUCCCUUUUACCAUGUGAGGGACAUGACGGUGCCAACGGCUCUCUGGACGGGAGGCAAUGAUUGGCUCGCUGACCGGAAGGACGUCGCCUUGCUGCUCACACAGGUCAGCAAUCUGGUGUACCACAAAGAGAUCCCCGAUUGGGAGCACCUGGAUUUCAUCUGGGGACUGGAUGCGCCAGAGCGAAUGUACAAUGAAAUCAUUGCAAUGAUGAAGAAGUUUGGCUAGUGAGUCAGGAUCUUCUCUUGCCUGUGGACUGCAGAGCUUCUGGCAGGUUUGGAACAGAAAUGUCCAACUUAUGGGUCACUCGCUCCAGCACCAAUUGUGAUCUCCUUGUUUAUCCUGAGCCAGAAUUACAAUUCCCAAUACACUCC